AUGACAAUACCUACCUGGUCUCCAGGAAUAAGACGGAUGCCGGGGUGAGGAUCACCAGGAUUGGGCUCUACGUGAACCUCGUGAUGGCCGUGUCCAAGGGGAUUGGAGGGUGGUAUUUUAACUCGCAGGCUUUGGUUCGUUGGCCCGACCCCUGCUAUUGCUCUCGUUUCGGGGCCUGACUGAUGGUGAUGGCAAGGUGGCGGACGCUUUCCAUGCCCUGACCGAUUUGGUUUCGGACUUUAUGACGCUGGGGACCGUGGCUUUUGCUCUCAGGAGACCGACCGAGAAGUUUCCCAAUGGCUAUGGGAAGAUUGAGAGUUUGGGGAGCCUGGGAGUCAGCAGUCUGUUGCUAUUUGGUGGUAUUGCUAUGGGUUUGUUUUCGCUUUGCCCCUUUGUGAUUUUUCUCUCUUCCUUCCUUCCUUCCUUCCUUCCUUCCAAGGCCUGGGGGAGGCUGACGGAUGGGAUGGGAUGGGGUGUGACAGGAUACACUGCGUUGAUUCAUCUUUAUGCCGACUUCUUUGCCGGUGGAGACCUACCCGAGUUCUUGGGACACGCUCAUGGUCAUUCGCAUUCUCACUCCCACUCUGACUUGGGGCCGAACGUGAAUGCCGCUUGGCUUGCCGCUGGCUCAAUCGUCGUCAAGGAGUGGCUCUAUCGUUCCAGUAAGUUUGUCCGGAGCGAUACUAUGGCUGAAGUCUUGGGCUGACCGGUUUGGGUGAUAGCCAUGAAAAUUGCAGAGGAGAGGAAAUCCUCGAUUCUCGCCUCCAAUGCAAUCCAUCAUCGCAUCGAUUCGCUUACUUCCAUUGUCGCCCUCGUCGCCAUCGGCGGAUCUCACUUUCUCCAAAACGCAUCCUACCUGGAUCCCGUUGGCGGGUUGAUCGUCUCGCUCAUGGUUAUCAACGCCGGCUGGGGCAAUACCCGUGCUGCGCUCAUGGAACUGGUGGACGUGGGCCUGGAUGACGAAAUCAAAGAAUCGGUGCGGAAAGCCUCUGACAAAGCCCUCGCGCUUCGUCAGGAACGACUCAGCGUUCGCGCGGUCGGCGGUUCAAAGUCGGGACAGAACUACCUCGUCGAGCUAACCGUGGAAGUCCCCAUCGGCACCACCGUCCGCUCAACCAGAGCCUUGGAGGAAGUUUUGCGCGGAGUUGUCGGUGCUGAAGUCAGGGGCGUCAAAAGGAUUAAGGUACGCUUUGUGGAAGAGGGUACCGAUGUGCUAAAUGAGUUUGUCUUUAAGGAGGAGAAUGUGUCCGCCCAGGUCGAGGAACAUAGCCAUAAACAUUAGAUUCAGGAAAAAGCAUUGGUGGGGCGUUUUUGCUUUUGCUUUUUUUUUUUUUUUUUGCGUGUUUUUAAAACUGGUGUAAAUAGCUGGAUUUUUACCCCCUCCCUUUUUUUGUUAUUCCUAGAUUACUCUCUUGCUGUCUCGACAUUUGUGCUAUAUAGUAUUAGAGUUAGCUAGCUUGAGGUACAGGUACUUUGCUUGGAGGGUGUUUCCUCUUUUUUUUUUUUUGAGUCUAUUUUUGCAGUUUUGUGGGCGUGUGUUUGUACAGCACAGUACUGUACUGGCGUUGUAGAUACCGUUAGGGCUGUUACGCCUUUGGAGUGAAGUGUGGGCUUAUCUACCUAUGAGUGCACGGGGUUGGGGGGGCGAUACUGUACUCGUAUGAUAUUAUACACUUCGCUGGGUGAUGAGGG